UGAAAGUUUAGAGCUUAGAGGUGAGGUUGAGCUGCUUGAUGGCCUUCCUGGAGGAGGAGGUCCAGGACCUGGGCCUGUGCUGAAGGCUGGGGGCUGGGUAAGAGAAGGUGCUUGGGGUGGGAGGAGGCUGCUGGGUACCCGGCUUCCUCCCCAGAGGGUUUGCAGGGGCUUGGCAGGGAUGAGAGGAGGCAGGCCCAGGGAGCUUCGGGGCAAAACUCGAUAGGGAGCUAUCUCAGCGGGCUGUGUCUGAGGCCAGCCAGCCAGCUGCCCCAGGGCAUCUUGGGGACAUAAAGGCCACCCAGGGGAAGCCACCCCAGCUCUCCCGCAGCAGUGGCCAGGUGCCCUCCACGAUGCUGCGAGCUGCAUUGAUCGGCUUCCUCCUCGCCAUUCUCAGGGUGCUGCCGGGCUCUGCCCAGGUGCCCAUCCAGGCCAACUUCGAUGCCAGCCAGGUGUGCCAGGGACCCAGGACAAGACCCAGACACACUGCCCCAUCCAGCUGGGGGUGGGCCACAGGGCACAGCCUUCUGCUGGGCUCGCCAUACCAGGCUGGAAGCAGGGUGGGCGGCAGCUGCAUCUCACCCCGAACAAGUCAGGGUGGACGCAGCUGCAGACUGCCAGUGUGGUGCCCAGCCUGGACAGCCGCUGGGUCUGGGCAGGACGUGGCAGCUCAGGCCCUGCACUGCCCUGCAGUUCCAGGGCACCUGGUAUGUGGUCGGGGUAGCCUCUGACAACCAAGGCUUCCUGGCCUCUAAGGAUGACAUGAAGAUGCCCAUGGCUGUAGUGACCGCCUUGGCCAAUGGUGACCUGGCUGUCAGGUUUGGGUACCCCACUCCUGAUGGUGGGUGCCAGAAGACGGAUACGACCUUCACCAAGGGCGCUGUGGAGGGGCAGUUCAGCAACCCAGCCAUGGCGCAGACCGACAUCCGGGUGGCCUUCACGGACUACCGGCACUUCGCCGUGCUGUACUUCGAGAUGCAGCAGCAGGGUGUGCGCAGCGUCUGGCUGCAGCUCUACGCACGUGCUCCCGAGCUGUUUCCUGAAGGCGCCCAGAAGAUGCAGCUGUUGGCCCCCAAAGUGGGCCUGAACCCCAGCCAGGGUGCCAUGCUGCUCAAGUCAGACCAGUGUGCCAGCGCCCUCUCCAGGUGAAGGGUUCAGCCCCAAGUGCCAGCAUUCAAGCACCAAGCCCGGCCCGCUGUGGAGAGCUUCAGCCACCCUGUCCCCGGCCAACCCUGCACAAUAAAUGGUCCUCAAGCCAGCAGCCACGCGUGUUUCUUGGGGGUGGCAGGGAAAGGGGUGGACCUGGGACACUAUUCGCCUGAGCUGGACACUGGCUCAGGC